AAGAGAAGGCAGGCAACAGCAGAAGCAUCAACAAAAUGGUUCUCAAGACCGAGCUGUGCCGUUUUAGUGGCGCCAAGAUCUAUCCUGGGAGAGGAAUCAGAUUUAUCCGAAGUGAUUCACAGGUUUUCCUUUUCGUUAAUUCGAAAUGCAAAAGGUACUUCCAUAACAAGUUGAAGCCAUCCAAGCUUACCUGGACUGCCAUGUACCGGAAGCAACCUAAGAAGGACAUUGCCCAAGAAGCUGCAAAGAAGAGGCGUAGAGCUACCAAAAAGCCUUACUCAAGGUCUAUUGUUGGUGCAACUUUGGAAGUUAUUCAGAAGAAAAGAUCAGAGAAGCCUGAGAUUCGCGAUGCUGCCAGAGAAGCUGCUCUUCGUGAAAUUAAGGAGAGAGUGAAGAAAGCCAAGGAGAUUCGAACAAAGGCACCUGAUGCGAACGAGGAUCUAUUACCGGUACCUAAAACAGAAACAGAAAAACGGUAA